GGGUCUUCCUGCGGCUUUUUCAGCGGCAUCCCGCAGACCCCCGACCCCUGGUGCAACGCUUCCCGCGCGGAAUGCAUCUGGAGAACAGCGGGCGAAGCCUGGACUCCAGCCUCAGAGUGAGGAGGAGCUUACAAAGGGCCACCCCCAAGCAGGCCUCCCGGGGCCUCGCUGCAACUUCUCUUUGGAAGCUCUGACCCGCGCCCGGUGGGGGCGCGCGCGCUUCUUCUCCGCGGGCACGCGCGCGCGCACGCGCACCCUCCGUCUAUUUUUGCUAUUGUUUUCUUUCUCACACUCUAAAAUAGGACAAGGAGUGGAAGUUACACCUGCUGCAGUCCUCGGCUCCAUGCAAAAGCAGCUUUUCCUCCCUGGCUUGAAAGAGCCUUGCAACUACAACUUCCUACCCCUCCAUACCUUGCAGAAAGCGCUGGCGACGGUGGCGCUGACAAUGGUCUGCAGACCCGGUCCAGAAGCCUCUCUCCCAUCCUAGUUUUUGCCGUCUCUUCUCGCGCACUGGGAGGAGGGGGCGCGACAGGUCGCCUCACUCUCGGGAGCCUGCACCUGGGGUCUGACCGCCUGGUAGGGCCUGUAGUCUCAUCAAGGAUUCAUACAUGUGGAAGAUCUAUUUGAUUUCACUUCUACUUUUAAUUUGUGUUAAAUAAUAAUAAGCCAAGAGAAAUAACUGUCACUGUUUGAAAGUGGAAGCUUCCAUGAUUCACAAAGACAAGAAGUGAUUUGCAUGUAAUCACAAGAUGACUCAGGAUGGAUCAUGAAGCCUCCCAGCUGGAAAAGCAGCAUGUGCAUGACGUGUACGCGAGCACUGCUCCUUACUUCAGUGACCUGCAGAGCAAAGCCUGGCCGCGUGUCCGCCAAUUCUUGCAGGAGCAAAAGCCGGGCAGCCUCAUUGCUGACAUAGGUUGUGGGACUGGGAAAUAUCUUAAAGUGAACAGCCAGGUCCAUACCCUGGGCUGUGACUACUGUGGGCCACUGGUAGAGAUUGCCUGGAGUAGAGGAUGUGAAGUCAUGGUAUGUGACAACCUUAAUCUCCCCUUUAGGGAUCAGGGCUUCGAUGCCAUCAUCUCCAUAGGAGUCAUACACCAUUUUUCUACAAAACAAAGAAGAAUCAGAGCAAUAAAAGAAAUGGCCAGAGUUUUAGUUCCAGGAGGUCAGCUGAUGAUUUAUGUUUGGGCCAUGGAACAAAAGAACCGGCACUUUGAGAAGCAAGAUGUGCUUGUUCCAUGGAACAGGGCCUUAUGUUCCCAACUCUUCUCAGAAGCCAGCGAGCCUGGGAAAAAGAAGCAGCAUGGACACCUAGAAAGAAGCCACCCCUACCCUCCUCCUUGCAUUGAGAGUGGCUGUCCUGUUUGUUUUAAAGAGCGAUGUGGUGCCAGACGGUCCCACAGCAUAGACUAUGAGCCUGUUAUGGCUGGAAACUGUUGUAUGGCUAUUCCUAAGGAAAGUGAGGGGGAAAAUGGAUUCUAUAACGCAUUAGGAAAGUCUUUUCGUUCCUGGUUUUUCUCCAGAUCAUUAGACGAAUCAACUUUGAGGAAACAAACUGAAAGAGUGAGACCCUUGAAAAGCACAGGAAGUUGGACCAGCAGCACGGUAUCAGUCCAGCCUUCUAGACAGUCUAGCUUAGACUUCGAUCAUCACGAGCCAUUUUCCACCAGAGAGCAAAAUUUAGAUGAGGAAGUGUUUGUAGAAACUUCUCAAAAACAUCUAGAGUGGGUGAGAGCACCAAGGAGACAUCUAAGUGGAGAUCAUCCAGAAGUUAGAAGUCAUGAGAAUCGUGUAGCUGCAGGUAAUUUAGCAGAAGGAAACCCUUCUGCUAGUAAAAUAAUGAGGAGGCUUUCUGCUAUCAAUUCUACAGAUUCCAAAGCAGAUGAUGCAAUUUCUGUGAAAGAGCAACAGCCUGACAGCUUGGAUCCCAGAGCUUUUAUGCGCUAUUACCACGUGUUCCGAGAGGGGGAGCUCUACAGCCUGUUGAAAGAGAAUGUGUCAGAGCUCCAUAUUCUCAGCUCUGGAAAUGAUCAUGGCAAUUGGUGUAUCAUUGCAGAAAAAAAGGACAACCAUGGUUGAUGGAUUUUAAAUGAUUUUCUAGUGGUAACCUACCAGUCAGUCUCAUUUUUAUAUAGACUAUGCUAAAAAAAAAAGUUCUAGGAUAAUCAGUACAAAUGCAUACACAGAAAGUGUAAAAUAUUUCUGUAGAAAGGAAUCUGAGACAGAAUUAUUUUUACAUAAUUUUGACAGGCCUAUAAAUUAGAAAAACACUAAUAACAGCAGUCAUUUACUUUUCAUCUCCUAGCACAAGAACUCUAUGCAUCUAUAUAUUAUUUUGUAUGCAGACAUUAAACUUCGUGGCUGAUACUUUCUCUCUGGGAUAUUCAUGUAAUAAAUACUCUUAGAAAUUCCA